AUGAAUGACGCUUUCGACUUUUACUAUCAACAUUUGUUCCUUUUAACGAAACAGUCGUCAUCCUCGACGUCGCCCUCCAACACCGUGCGUACGUUCGUCGAGGGCCAGGAGGAUCUGGAUGCGAUCGCGAAGCAAAUCUCCGAUCACGCCGAAGCCAUCUAUCAGACGUGGAAAGCGCGUGGCCUAGCACCGACUGAGAUACUGAACUGCCACACCGGCGACGGUGCCGAGCAUGCCUUCAGCCAGGCGUUAAAUCCUGCAAACUCGCCUACCGUCAGCCAUCAACCUGCUGGUGCUUCCGGUGCAUCAGCGACCGGUUCAGCGGCAGUUGUUCCAGGCAGUUCUGGUGGUGGUGGUUCGUCACCAACUUCCAACGCUACCGGUGUAGCGGAACUGCUUGCCAAAGCACCGAACCUCUCCAACAACAGCCUCGAGCAGCUGGUGAGCUCGUUCGUGAAUGAGGAUAAAGCUCGCAUAGCGGCGCAACGUCAGCAGCAGCGUGUGGGCGGUGUCCGGACGCCAACAACCGGCACAAGCUCGGCGAUCAAAAGUGUGUUGCAAAAAUUCGAACGAAAUGGUGCCAUUGGUGGUGGUGAAGAGACAGUGAGCAGUGUCGGUGUGCCGGACGUGGGUAGACCGAGCUAUCUGCGCACUGGUGGUGGUGCCGCCGGCGGGAUCACCAAAUCCUCGAGCCAUCUAAGUAGUAGCAGUAGUAACAAUAAUAACAAUAAUUUUAGCACCCUUAACAAGAACAACGUCCCGGACGUGCUGAAGGAUACGAUCAGCACCGAGCCAAAGGUGGGCGGUGUUGUUGUGCGCGAAAAACCGCAAACCCCAGUGAAACCGGAGCACCUGCUCAACCAUGUGCCGAGCUGGCCGCUAAAGAACCGUGUGGUGAAAACCGGAGGCGCCGGCUCGAAAGUGAUCGGUGCCGGUACCGCCCAGCCCGUCGUCAGCUUCUCCAAGAACACUGCGGAUCUUAUGGAUGAAGUGUCACGCGAGGAGGAACGUCUCAUAAACGCACUUAAAACCGGUACCGUGCUGAACAGUAGUGAUAGUAUUUUGCCCGAAGUGAUCACCUCGACCCUGCCGGAUCGCGACGUACCAGAUUACGGUUCCGUUGUCGACCAUCGGGCACAGCUGGCCGGGCUAACUAGUGGCGGUGGUAGUGGUGGUGGUAGUACACUUUACAACUCUCAAUCCAGUCCCGUCUCCGCCAUGGUGACCGCAGCGUCGGCGGGUAACGGUGGCGGCCCGAUAGUUGCCGCCACCAACGGUGCGUCCGCACUGAAUGGCAACGGUACGACCAAUGGCACCAACGGUACCGCACACGGCACCGGUGACACGCCGAACGUGAAACACUGGAACGGGGUGCCGAUGAAGCCGAAUCACAUACCGAUCCUGAACAUACACCAGAUCCGCGAGCAGGAAAAGCUGUCGAUGAACUUUACGCGCAAUGUUGCCACGACCCGGUUACCGAAGGACUUUGGCCGCACGUCGGUGGACGACGAGAAGAAGCUUAACAUGCAGCCGAAAACUAUACCGAGCCCGAUACGGCCAUUCCUGUCGCGUGGUUCCGUCGCCGAACGGGUGCUCAUAUUUGAAAAGUGUCCCGAGAAAGCGCCUCCCCGAGAACGGGUGAAAGAACCGGUCAAGCUGCAGUCAAAACCUGUCAACCGACUGAUUCCGCCAAACAUUCACACAACGCUGCAGCGACAUCUGAAAAACUCGACCAAAGCCCCCUACAUACCGCAAUUCCAUUUCCCAAAUGGCAAACCGCCGCCAACGAUUACGACGGAAACUACGAUGCAGCGAUUGGAGCAGGUUUUCGACAAGAUGCCAAACUACGAGUGCCCUCGAGAAAACUUCCAGGUGAUCGUCCAGAUGUGCCAAGUACCCCAGUACUGGCGCUUGCCUCUCUUCAUGUGCACGCAGCUCACCCCGAACGGUGCCGUCGAUGGAGACAAAUUCCUGCACUUCUGGCGACAGAUGACAUCAUUUUGUCACGAUGCAGCAUCACGAUUUGUGUACAUAAUGUCGCGUGGUGAUCGCACGCGGCCUUACAUCUUACCCGAAGACUUUGCGCACCUGAUACAGGACGUUGUCGAUACGCACCCAGGCUUGGCCUUCCUCAAGGAGGCAGCCGAGUUUCACUCCCGCUACGUACAUACCGUGAUAGCACGCAUCUUCUACAACGUGAACCGCAGCUGGACCGGCAAGAUCACGACGGCGGAGCUGCGCAAAUCGAACCUGCUGGACGUCAUCCAGCUGUUGGAGGAGGAAGAAGAUAUCAAUCAAAUUAUGGCGUAUUUCAGCUACGAACACUUCUACGUCAUCUAUUGCAAAUUUUGGGAAUUGGAUCGUGAUCAUGAUCUCUACAUUGACCAGCAGGAUCUGGCCAGACAUAAUGAUCAUGCUUUAUCGUCGCGAAUGAUCGAAAGAAUAUUUUCCGGUUGCGUUACGCGAAGUCCCCGGCGUGGCAACAACAAUCCGAUGAUACAGGGCCCGAAUGGUCCGAAAAUGUCGUACACCGAUUUUGUGUGGUUCCUGCUGGCGGAAGAGGACAAAUCACAUCCGACUGCCAUCGAGUAUUGGUUCCGCUGUAUGGAUGUCGAUGGGGACGGUGUCCUGUCAAUGUACGAGCUUGAGUACUUCUACGAGGAGCAACAGCACCGCAUGGAAUCGCUCGGAAUAGAAACACUUCCAUUUGAAGACUGCCUGUGUCAAAUGUUAGAUAUGAUAAAACCAGCAACUCCUGGCUGUGUAACAUUGGCCGAUCUGAAACGCUGCAAGAUGACUCCCAUUUUCUACGACACAUUCUUCAAUCUGGAGAAAUAUAUGGAACACGAACAACGUGAUCCAUUUGCACAGCGUGAAAAUGACGAUCUUUCCGAUUGGGAUCGAUAUGCGGCCCAGGAGUAUGAACUUUUGGUGGCUGAGGAAGGCGGAGAUACGCAAGGUCAUUGCUACAUCUUUGGCCAACCGAUGCUGUCGACCGUGGCAGCAGGUACGGCCAGAUCGCGGCUGCCGGUGCCAUCUUUGUUGCAUACGGGUGCCAUCGGCACUGCUUCCGGGCGCAGUACGACGACCACCACCACCACCAUGGUUAGUGGUAGUACCGUGCAUAGCACGUCCGUGUCGGCGACGACCGUACACCACCAUACACGGUCAACGGUCCAGCGCGCCGGUACGUGCAAGGCCACCAGCAGCCCCGCUUCAAGCUCGACCGGCGGCGGUUCCACGUCACAUGCAAACAACAACGGUCGCAAAGGGCAUGGUGCACCAGAAGAUGCGACCGCCGCUACUGCUGCUGCACCACAAACAACAGCGAUGCAAUCGAGCCGCAAAAUGAUGGCACUCGACAGUGAUCCUAAUACCUUUUAUAGCGCAUUUCUGGUGUAAGUAAUAACA